AUGGAACCUGAUGAAAUUGGGAGUGAUGAAGAAACUGACCAAGAUGUCGUUAUGGCAGUGAGUACUCCACAAACCACUCAGACCACAAAACGCAGAACUAUGAAGCUGCAAGGCAAGAUUGGUACUCAGGACGUUCUGAUUCUGGUGGACUCAGGCAGCGUUGGCACAUUCAUCAGUGACCAGCUGGCAUCAAGACUGGAGUUACCUUCGCAAGAUUGUUCACCACUCAGUUUUCUGGCAGCUGAUGGCAGCCCUAUGGCUUGCAACAAGAGAAUUCCAGAAUUACAGUGGGGAGUGCAGGGUCAUGUGUUUGUGCCUGAUGUGGCCAUCCUUCCUUUGCAAUGCUAUGAUAUGAUUCUAGGGCAGGAUUGGUUGGAGGAAUUUAGUCCUAUGUGGAUUCACUGGAGGAAGAAAGUAAUGAAGUUCACUUAUAAAGGCAAGAGAAUCAAGUUAUGUGGUGUUAAGUCUGAAAUAACUCCCUGCGCUGCAGUCAGUUCUAGGAAGCUAAAGGGUUUAUUCAGAAGAGGAGCAGUAUCUCAUUGUCUGCUGCUGAAAGCACAGUCUGUGUCUUCCACCCCUGAUGCUUCAGUGUGUGCAAUACAAGAGGGCACCACAACUCACCACAUACCUGAAGUGCAGAAACUGUUGUCUCAGUAUAGCCACUUGUUCCAGGAACCCUCAACUUUACCUCCUCCAAGGCAAUUUGAUCACAGCAUUACCCUCCUACCUGGAUCCCAACCUGUGAAUAUCAGACCAUACAGAAAUGGACCUGCUCAGAAAACUGAAAUUGAGAAGCAAUUGCAUGACAUGCUCAAACAUGGUGUGAUCAGACCCAGUAAUAAGCAUCCCUUACCAAUUGUUGAUGAGCUAAUAGAUGAACUUGCUGGGGCUCAGUGGUUUUCUAAGCUGGACUUUAGAUCAGGCUAUCAUCAAAUAAGGUUAACUGAAGGGGAUGAACACAAGACAACUUUCAAAACUCAUCACGGCCUUUAUGAGUUUCUAGUGAUGCCAUUUGGGCUCACUAAUGCACCAGCCACCUUUCAGAGUGUGAUGAAUCAAAUUUUUGAACCUCUUCUAAGACAAGGUGUAUUGGUGUUUAUGGAUGACAUAUUGGUUUAUUCAUCCAACUUGGAGGAGCACAUUCAGUUGUUAACCAAAGUGUUUGAUAUUAUACAACAACACCAAUUUCUGAUCAAGCUCUCCAAGUGUUGUUUUGCUCAGGACAACAUUGAGUACUUGGGGCAUUGCAUAUCUUCCCAAGGAGUGUCCACUGAACCUUCUAAGAUCACUGCAGUGCAACAGUGGCCUGUCCCUCAAAACCUGAAGGAACUCAGAGGAUUCUUGGGCCUCACAGAAUAUUAUCGCAGAUUUAUCAGAAGUUAUGGCAUGAUAAGCAGACCCCUGACUCAGCUCCUCAAAAAAGGGACACCAUUUGUGUGGACUGCCCAUACUGAAGAAGCCUUUCAGCUACUGAAGAAAGCAUUGGCUGAAGCUCCUGUCCUGGCCAUCCCUGACUUCAGCAAGACUUUUGUGCUGGAAUCUGAUGCUUGUGACUAUGGCAUUGGUGCUAUGCUUAUGCAAGACAACCAUCCUAUAGCUUAUCUCAGCAAACCACUCUGCCCAAAAAAUCAAGCUCUGUCCACAUAUGAAAAGGAGUGUAUGGCCAUUCUGUUAGCUGUGGAGAAAUGGCGCCCUUACCUGCAGCAUAAGGAGUUUCUCAUCAAAACAGAUCAUAGGAGCUUACUUUACCUAACUGAGCAGAGGGUGCACACAAAACUUCAACAGAAAGCAUUGCUUAAGUUGAUGGAUCUUCAGUACAAAAUUGUUUAUAAGAAAGGCACCUCCAAUGCUGCUACUGAUGCUCUCUCAAGAGUACCUGUUCCUAAUUCAAUAUUGGCUAUUUCAUACUGUACACCAGCUUGGCAAGAGAACUUGAUGCAAGGAUACAUGGAUUGUGAGCAAGACCAGAAACUGCUUACUGAAUUGGCUGUAACCUCACCUAAUAGCAGGGGUUUUUCCUUAUCUGAUGGUAUUAUCAGAUUCAAAGGCAGAGAGUGGAUAGGAAGUAACACUUUGGCCCAGCAGCAUGUGAUUCAGGCCCUGCACAGUAGUGGCAUUGGGGGCCAUUCAGAUUUUCAUGUCACUUAUCACAGGAUAAAGGCACUCUUUGCUUGGCCAAAAAUGAAGGAUACUGUUAAAACAUAUAUUCAGCAAUGUGCUACUUGCCAGCAAGCCAAGAUUGAGCAUGUCAAGUACCCUGGUCUGUUGCAACCCCUACCAGUUCCAUCUAAACCUUGGUCUGUGAUCAGUCUUGACUUUAUUGAAGGUCUAUCUGUCUCUCAUAAGCAUGAUGUGAUUAUGGUGGUAGUGGAUAAGUUCACUAAAUAUGGGUAUUUUAUUCCUUUGGCACAUCCCUUCACUGCUUUGCAAGUGGCUCAGGCAUAUCUGUCCAAUAUCUACAAGUUACAUGGGUUGCUAGAUUCUAUUAUCUCUGACAGAGACAAAAUAUUUACAAGCAAGGUGUGGCAAGAAUUGUUCAUAUUGUCAGAUACUCAGUUGUUGAUGAGCUCCUCAUAUCACCCACAAACUGAUGGACAAACCGAAAGACUCAAUCAAUGCUUGGAGACCUUCUUGAGGUGCACUGUCCAUUCCUGUCCAAAGCAGUGGUUCAAAUGGCUGCCAAUUGCAGAGUUUUGGUACAAUACUUCCUUUCACUCUGCUUUGCAACGCUCUCCCUUUGAAGUAUUGUAUGGACAUCAACCUAAACACUUUGGCAUUUCCAACUUGGAUGCCUGCUCGGUGCCUGAAUUGGAGGAAUGGCUCAAGGAACGAAACCUGCUCACUGAACUCAUUCAGCAGCAGCUGCUGUGA